CACGGCCUUAUCAGCGGUGGCCGCUCCGCUCUCCCUCCGAAGCUGCUCCGGCAAUGUCCGCCCCCGCCCCGACCCCCAUCCCGCUGACCACCGUCGCCGAGCUGCGGCAGCACCACUCGCAGCUGGUCCGCCUGGGCCUCGCCUCCCACCCCGCCCACGCGCGCCGCCUCCUCUCCUUCCUCGCCCGCGACCCCGACGCCCACUUCCCCUACGCGGCCCGGCUCCUGGCGCACCAUCCGGACCCGCACCCGGCGCUCUUCAACCCGCUCUUCCCCGCGCUCCCGCCGCGCCACGCCGCGCGGCUCCUGGCCCUCAUGCUCUCCCUGCCACUCGCCCCCGACCACUUCACCUUCCCGCGCGUCCUCCCCGCCGCCGCCCCGCUCCACCUCGUCUCCCAGCUCCACGCGCUGCUCCUCAAGCUCGGCUUCCGCGCCCACACGCAGUCGCUCAACGCGCUGCUCGCCGCCUACCUCGCCAACGCGCGACCCGACCUCGCCUUCCGCGCCUUCCGCGGCGGGGGCUGCGCGCUCGACGUCGUGUCGUGGACCACCAUGGUCGGCGGGCUCUGCAGGCUCGGGCUCGUCGACGCCGCGCGGGAGGUGUUCGACGCGAUGCCGGAGCGGAACCUGGUGUCGUGGAACGCGAUGAUGUCCGGGUACGUCAGGGCCGGGCGGUUCCUGGACGCGCUGGAGGUGUUCGACGAGAUGCGAGCGCGCGGGGUGGACGGGAACGGGUUCGUCGCGGCGACGGCGGCGGUGGCGUGCACGGGCGCCAGCGCGCUGGCGCGCGGGAGGGAGGUGCACCGCUGGGUGGAGCGGAGCGGGAUCCGGAUGGACGAGAGGCUGGCGACCGCGGUGGUCGACAUGUACUGCAAGUGCGGCUGCGUCGAGGAGGCGCGGCGCGUGUUCGAGGCCCUGCCGGCCAAGGGGCUCACGUCGUGGAACUGCAUGAUCGGCGGGCUCGCGGUGCACGGGCGGGGCGAGGACGCCCUCGAGCUGUUCGGCCGGAUGGAGAGGGAGGGCGUGGCGCCGGACGACGUCACGCUGGUGAACGUGCUCGCGGCCUGCGCGCACGCGGGGAUGGUCGGCGAGGGCCGGCGCUGCUUCGACCACAUUGUUCGGAGAUACGGCAUCGAGCCCAAGAUGGAGCACUACGGCUGCAUGGUCGACUUGUAUGGAAGAGCAGGGCGGCUGGGCGAAGCCAAGAAAGUGAUCGACGACAUGCCGAUGGAGCCGGACGUUGGCGUCCUCGGUGCGCUCUUCGGUGCGUGCAGGAUCCACGGCGACGUCGAACUGGGCGAGGCGAUCGGGUGGCGCGUCAUCGAGCUGGAUCCCCAGAACAGUGGCCGCUACGUGCUGCUGGCGAACCUCCUCGCCACUGCCGGCCGGUGGGAGGACGUGGCCAGGGUCCGGCGGCUCAUGGACGAGCGGAACGUGAGCAAGGAAGCCGGGCGGUCCGCGAUCGAGGUCGACGGCGAGGUCUGCGAGUUCCAGUGCGGGAGCCUGUGCCAUCCCCAGGCGGAGGAGGUGUACGCCAUGGCCAGGGACAUGAUGAGGAGGAUCGGGGCAGAGGGAUACGUGCCCGACACGAGGGACGUGCUGCACGACAUUGCAGAGGAGGAGAAGGAGACGCCGCUGCUCUACCACAGCGAGAAGCUGGCCAUCGCCUUCGGGCUGCUGCGCACGAGGCCCGGCGACACGAUGCGGAUCACAAAGAAUUUGAGAGUCUGCAGGGAUUGCCAUGAGGCGACCAAGUUCGUGUCCCGCGUAUUUGAGCGCGAGAUCGUGGUCAGGGACAGGAACCGGUUCCAUCAUUUCAAGGAUGGGAAGUGCUCGUGUAAAGAUUAUUGGUAGAAUCCAUUAAGAAGUUUACGUUAUUCCCAAAGUUAGAGCUUAAGCCUUUUCUCUUAGUUUGCUU